AUGGAUUCUGCAAAUUUUCUCUCUCUUGGACUUUGCUUUCUUUUUCUCUUUCAUGGCGUUUUUGCUCAGAUAGAGCGUCAACAACAAUGGCAAGGCCUGCAGCAACAGGGACACCCGCAACGUGCAAGAAGUGGUGAUGAUCAGUGCCGUAUUCAGAGGCUUAAUGCCCAAGAACCCAACCGCCGGUAUGAGUCCGAGGCCGGCACCACCGAGUUCUGGGACAGAAACGAUGGGGAAUUCGGGUGUGCCGGACUGAAAGCUGUUCGCCAUGUCAUCCAGGCUAGGGGCCUAUUGUUGCCUGCUUACAACAGUAGGGGUAUUCAGGGAACUGUUCUUCCGGGUUGUGCUGAGACGUAUGAAACAAGAUCACAGUCAAGUACUGGUGACAGAGAGCAGAGGUCUACAGAUCGGCAUCAGAAAGUUCGACGAAUUCAAGAGGGUGAUAUCCUUGCUUUGCCGGCAGGUUUAUCUCAUUGGGCUUAUAACGACGGAGAGCUGCCUCUUAUUUGCGUGGCAAUCAUCGACACCGGAAACGAAGCUAACCAGCUUGAUGAGAAAUACAGGAAAUUCUUCCUUGCUGGGAGCUCAGAACAAGAGGGAGGUCGUGGUGGUCAGGAAGGGCAAAGUCAAAGAGGCGAACAACAAGAAUUCAAAAGCGUAUUCAAUGGCUUCGAUCAGGAACUUCUAGCUGACAUUUUCAAUGUUGAUUCUGAGACAGCUAGGAAAUUACAGGGACAAGAUGACCAGAGGGGCAGAAUUGUCCGAGCCGACAGGUUCCAAGUCACAAUCCCAGAAUUCGACAGACAAGAAGAAGAAGAAGAAAGACAACAUGGGAGGGGAAGUCCAAACCCCAAUGGGUUAGAGGAAAUUACAUGCACAUUGAAGCUUAGAUACAACUUGGGCAGCCCUAGACGUGCUGAUGUGUACAAUCCACGUGGAGGACGUACUAGCAGCGUCAACAGUGACAAGCUUCCCGUCCUGAGCUUGCUCCGAUUAAGUGCUAAGAGAGGGGUCCUCUAUAAGAAUGCUAUCUUGGCACCUCACUGGAACAUAAAUGCACAUUCUGCAAUGUACGUAACCAGAGGGAGUGGUCGUGUUCAAGUAGUCGGGGACUCCGGAAGAUCCGUUUUCGAUGGUGAGGUCCGAGAGGGACAGCUUUUAGUCAUUCCACAAAACUACGCAGUGUUGAAGAAGGCUGGCAACGAAGGCCUUGAAUUCGUGUCCUUCAAGACCAACGAUAAUGCGAUGAGUAUCCCUCUCGCCGGACGACUCUCUGCUCUCCGAGCUAUGCCGGAGGAAGUGCUAGCAAACUCGUAUGACAUUUCUAGGGAAGAAGCCAGAAAUUUGAAGUACAACAGAGAUGAGCUGAGAGUGUUUGGGCCGCUGCGGUCUAAAUCAUCCAGGGAGUGA